CUUUUAAAACGGCAAACUCACGUAGGUACUAUCUUCUCCAUUAAAGAGACAUUAUUGGUUUGUUCAACCGCGGUUAGCAUCAUAUGCUACUCGUUUGAAAAACCUGCUGGUUGGAUUGUCUUUUCAGAAGAGAGGAAGAAGCCUGGAAACAUGGAGGCUCAGCCCAUUGAGGCUCAGCUCGGAAACAUGGAGGGCCAGCCCAUUGAGAGUCUGACUGGAAACGUGGAGGUUCAGCCUGGAAACAUGGAGGCUCAGCCUGGAAACGUGGAGGAUCAGCCUGAAAAUGUGGAGGAUCAGCCUGAAAAUGUGGAGGAUCAGCCUGAAAAUGUGGAGGGCCAGCCUGGAAACAUUGAGGAUCAGCCCAUUGAAGCUCAGCCUGGAAACGUGGAGGCUCAGCCUGGAGAAAUUCCACAAAAUCGUCCAAAAGCCAAAUCAAAAUCAAAGAAGAAAUCAAAAAAAAAGCAGCCGCAGCAUUCUGCUGACAUAGUCUACACAAAAGGGGGUGCAUUCCACACUGUGCCCUCUCUCAGCAAAGUAUUGAAGGGGAUUACAGACAGCAUCGUUGGCCUUCAGUAUGUGUGGGAGUUCCGCAGCCCCAGCAGGUCUGUCCAGCCCCACUACCAGUGCAAACUGUGCUCACUGUGUCGUUUGCAGCAUGACAUGAUCGAUCAUGUGAAAGGAUGGAAACACUGCUUCCGAUACUUGAAAAAGGCCCACCCCGACAAGGUAACCUGCGAAGAAGAGGAUGUAAUCAAGGACAAUGCUGUCAAAAAGAACGUUAAAGCAAUGGUUGCUGAGGUGGAGCAGACGGAAGGAAGGGGACAGAUCAAGGUCAUCUUGACGGAGCCCUUUAAAGUCCAUGCUUUUAAAGGAAUGCGUUCUGCUCUUCCAAGAUCUGGGCCUCCACCAGAUCCAGGGAUGGGAUCAAGGGGUCCCCCCUUUGGUCCGAGUUUUUCCAACUCAAGGUUUCCUGGGGAGUUUUCUGGUCAUGGUGGUCCUUUCACGGACUAUCAAGACAACGAAUAUGGGGAUCCCGAAUAUGAAGACUACCAAUCAAAUGAAGAUUAUUCUGGCCUUGGCAUGGAUUGUGGAGCUGUUGGACAUCCCUCAUCUGUGGGUGGAAAUGGUUUUAACCCUGGUGGAACUGAAAGCUUCAGGAGUGGACCACUGAACAAGAGCUCCAACAAAAUGCAUCCAGGGUUCCAGGGCAGGCAGAUGGGUGAUAACUAUAUGAACCGGCCACCUGAGAGAUCAGGAGGAAUGGGAGCAGCUUCACACAGCAGUACACUUUCCAGUACUCUGCUCACAUACCUGGAUUCGUUCCGGAUACAGAGUGAGAGCGAUGCUCAGUUGGUGUUAAAGGUGACACAGAAGUUAACUGAUGUUUUGAUGGAGUACCGACUAAGGACCAUAUCACCGGGUCCAACUCCAAGCAGUUUGCCUAUGAGCUCCUCAAGCUUCUCCACUCCUACCAGAACACCAAGCAGUAGUGAUCGAUACUCGAAUGUCUCAGGUCCAUCCAGAUAUUCUGAUGGUCCUCCAAGAUUCUACAAAUGAGCAAAAGAUGGCAUCCUGGUUUCUUCAUGUCACUUCUACCCACAAUCAAAGACUUCUGGGAUGAUUUUUCUACUAUAUACAUUUUGUUUUUGUUAGGCUCUUUUUGUUGCUUUUUAACGUUUUUCCAUCCAAGGGGCAAACCAGAUUAUUUUUAGGAGCUACUUAUCCCUGAUGUGACUUUCUGAGUUGAACUUUUGAAUAUUUAGCAAUUGUUUUAUUCAAUAAAGUCAAAUAACACUUUCAAAAAUGAAAUUUUUUAUAAGGCUCAACUUAAAAAAGGGGAUAAAAACAGCACACCCUUCUUCAUCAAGGUAAGGCUAGGUGCGGUGGAGAAGAUCUGGGACAGCAUCCUCCACUCCCACCCUCACCCUAUACGCAAAUUGCAUGUUGCACCUGUUGCUUUAGCAACUGCAGCACUAACCUCUCCAGUUUCUAUUUUGUGAGAGGCCAAUGCAAUUGGUAUGUAGUCCUUAUAUACCCCUAGGCUGCUUGGCCUUGGGCAGAGGAAUGACGCACGAGGUCUUCCAGAGUGUUGGUAUUAUACCAAGGUGCACGCUCAGGUUAAAGAGGUGCUGGAGGGGACCUCCUAGCUCAUCUGCAUAUGUCUUCAGGAGCCUGGGCUACACCCCAUCUGGGCUUGCUGCUUUCCUGGUCUUAGGUUUCUUCAGCUCUCGUCUUACCUGAUGUUCAGUAAAAGGACUAUAAUGAGGGAGAGCUGAGGCCAACAGUGCAGGUUCAUUUGUAGAAUGAGGAGGAAAUAAGAGGAAACAAGGUGAGGUAGAUGAUGCUUGUAUCUGUUUUGAUCAAAAUCACAGCUUCCAUUUUGCCUUUUGUUGAGGAAAUGUAGUUAUCAAAUAUAUAAUUUUUGAAUAAAACACAGGUUUGUAUAAAAUAUGCUGCAAAAAAA